UCAUCGAUGACUUCCUCCUCUGGGUUAUGUUGAGUUUCCGGCAGCUCCUGCCCCACCGAAGUAUCCACAGGGCUCUUGGUAGUGGAAGGUGUUUGUCCUGCGACCAUCACCCUAGAUCCUGGGCACAUACAGGAAGUCAGGGGAACGUAUGGUACUUGCAGGAGACACUGUUGUUGCCUCCGGAUUGGACACCUUCUCUCCUACUCCAUGUCAGAUUCCAACUCAACCGACUUCAUCAACCCCUCCACCUUCAUCCUGCUGGGCAUUCCUGGCCUAGAGGCAGCCCAUGUCUGGAUCUCCAUCCCCUUCUGUGCAAUCUAUGCCAUAGCCCUCUUGGGAAACUUUGCCAUCCUGUUCAUCAUAAAGACAGAGCCGAGCCUCCAUGUGCCCAUGUACUAUUUCCUCUGCAUGCUGGCCAUCACUGACCUAGUCCUGUCUACAUCCAUCCUACCCAAAAUGCUGAGCAUUUUCUGGUUCAAUUCCAGGGAGAUCAAUUUCACUGCCUGCCUUACUCAGCUGUACUUCAGUCUCAGCUUCUCUACGAUAGAGACUGGGAUCCUCGUGGCCAUGGCUUUUGAUCGCUAUGUGGCCAUCUGCGAUCCCCUGAGACAUUCCACCAUCUUGUCAAACCCCAUGGUGGCCAAAAUUGGCCUGGCUCUGGUGCUGCGCGGCGCCAUACUCAUACUGCCCUAUCCCUUCCUGGCGAGGAGUUUGCCAUACUGCAGAACAAACAUCAUUCCCCACACGUACUGUGAGCACAUAGCUGUGGUGAAGCUGGCCUGCGCCGACAUCCGUGUCAGUAGUUACUAUGGCCUCUCUGUGGCAUUCUUCGUAGUUGCUCUGGAUGUGUCUUUUAUCGCCGUGUCCUAUACCCAGAUCCUCAGGGCCAUCUUCAGACUCCCAACAAAGGAUGCUCGACUAAAGACUUUUGGGACCUGCGGCUCCCACCUCUGUGUCAUCUUAGCCUCUUACAUCCCAGCUCUCUUCUCCUUCCUCACGCAUCGGUUUGGGCACAAUGUGGCCCUGCAUUUCCAUGUUCUCAUGGCCAACAUGUACCUCCUGCUGCCCCCCAUGCUAAACCCCAUCAUCUAUGGGGCGAGGAACCAACAGAUCCGGGAUAGGAUGCUCCAGCCCUUUACUCAUAAAGGGACCUAAAGUUUUCUCAUUGUGCUCUGGAUCUCAGACUGAGCUCCGUGCUGAGCUGUCUGGUGACAUGGUGCUGGGCCCUCUUCCCUGAAUCACUGACUAGCCAGUCAAAGGAACUUUAAAUCCUUUCCUGACCUUACUGUGCUGUGUAAGCGUGACAAACUGGGGAAUCUGCCUAUGUACAACUCACAGGGUUGCCCCCUUCCUAAUUGCUGGUAACUGGAAGCCUGAGGCCCCACCUCUCUGCCCUGCCU